AUGGCUGAGCGAUACAUCCCGGAGCACCGCCGCAACAACUACAAGGCCAAGAGCACAUUCAAGCCAGAUGAGCUCCGUCGGCGCCGCGAGGAACAGCAGGUCGAGAUCCGCAAGCAGAAGCGCGAGGAGAACCUCGCCAAGCGACGAGGCAUUGGUGCCCGCGGUGAUGCUGCGCCCGGUGCCUCACUCGGCGCCGCUCCAGACAGCGAUGAUGAGGGAGCGAACACCGAGUCACAGCUAAACGAGGACCUGCCUCUCAUGGUGCAAGGCGUCUUCUCCGAGAAGAUCGACGACCAGAUUGCUGCCACCACCAAGUUCCGAAAACUCCUCAGCAAGGAGCGAAACCCACCCAUCGAGCGCGUUAUCGAGACCGGAGUCGUCAGCCGCUUCGUCGAGUUCCUCCGCUCACCUCACACCCUCGUGCAGUUCGAAGCCGCGUGGGCCCUUACAAACAUUGCCAGCGGCUCCGCACAGCAGACACAAGUGGUUAUUGAGGCAGGAGCAGUUCCUAUCUUUGUCGAGCUUCUCAGCAGUCCAGAGCCAGACGUUCGUGAGCAGGCAGUAUGGGCACUCGGAAACAUUGCUGGAGACAGCCCAGCGUGCAGGGACUUUGUCCUCGCAUCUGGAGCGCUUCAGCCACUCGUACGGCUUCUUGGCGACAGCCGCAAGCUCAGCAUGCUCCGCAAUGCGACCUGGACACUCAGCAACUUCUGCCGUGGCAAGACGCCGCAGCCAGAUUGGGCCACGAUUGCACCGGCUCUCCCUGUGCUCGCUAAGCUGGUCUACUCUCUCGACGAUGAGGUCUUGAUUGAUGCUUGCUGGGCCAUCUCAUACUUGUCGGAUGGCUCAAACGAUAAGAUCCAGGCCGUCAUCGAGGCCAACAUCCCUCGCCGUCUGGUCGAGCUCCUCAUGCACGCAUCUACUUCGGUCCAAACACCAGCACUGCGGUCGGUCGGAAACAUCGUGACGGGUGACGAUGUUCAGACCCAACUCAUCAUCAACUGCGGUGCUCUUCCUGCUCUUCUAUCCCUCCUCAGCAGCACCAAGGAUGGCAUCCGCAAGGAAGCCUGCUGGACCAUUAGCAAUAUCACUGCCGGCAACAGCACCCAGAUCCAGUCCGUCGUCGAUGCAAACAUCAUCCCUCCAUUGAUCCACCUCCUUAGCAAUGGCGACUUCAAGACCCGCAAAGAGGCCUGCUGGGCGAUCUCGAAUGCGACUAGCGGUGGUCUGCAGAAGCCAGAACAGAUUCGCUAUUUGGUUGAUCAGGGCGCCAUCAGACCACUCUGUGACCUGCUCGCCUGCCCCGACAACAAGAUCAUCCAAGUCGCUCUCGAUGGCCUGGAGAACAUCCUCAAGGUUGGCGAUAUGGACAAGGAUGCGCAAGAGGGCGGUACGGAACAGCCAGUCAACCGCUACGCACUGUUCAUUGAGGACUGCGGUGGUAUGGAGAAGAUCCACGAUUGCCAGAACAACAGCAACGAGGAGAUCUACAUGAAGGCCUACAACAUCAUUGAGAAGUACUUCUCGGAUGAGGACGGUGAAGCUGAUGUCAAUGACCUUGCACCACAACAAGGUCAAGAUGGCCAGUUUGGCUUUGGCGCACAACAGCAGCAGCAAAACUUCAACUUCGCCAAUGGCCAAGGCGAGGGAGAUAUGGAGAUGUAA